AUGACAGCGAAGCAUCGUAAAGGGAAGAACAACCACACACAUGAAGACAACUUUUUCAAGAACGAUGUCAUGGAGUCAGAAGUCCGCACUGGAGGGAACAGUUACACUCUUGCCUUGGUUAUAGUUGUAGUAGUUGUUCUCGGAGGCGCAAUAGGCUCGUGGUUCUGUUUCCAGCAGCACCAAACUCUAACCUACUUGACGGACAAUCUCAUGGGCAUACAGAUGAAAAUAGCCAAACUGCAGUCCUCUCAUGAAGAGUUCAGGCAGUCAAAUGGGAAGCACAAUUCAGACGGCCUGGUGUCCCGCUUGAAUGCCCUUGAAGAGUCCUAUUCACUUGCCCAGAAACAAGUGGGCAUGGCACUGGCUACAACGGAACAGCUUAAAACUUCAGAUCUACCUGCUCAGGUGCUGUCGCUGCACACCGAAAUGAAAACACGAUUGGCUGAAAUGCAACAAGCUACAGUGUCCGUGGACGAGCUGGGCCACAUCCAGAGCCUGCUGCAGGGGAAUAGUGAGGCGUUUGAGGGGGUCAAGCUGAAGCUGGAGGCCCUGAUGACACUCGGGGAUGGCUUAUCUCUCAAAGUAGAAGCACUAGAGAGCAACCUGGGAGCGGCCGAAUCCAAACUCACCGAGCAGGUUGCUACUUUGAGUGCAAGUCUGAUUGGACAAGCGGCGGAAGUGCUCAGUCUUAAGAAGAAGCUGGGGGAAGUCAGUGUGAGAGCUGAGAUGGAAACUGAAGCAUCACCAGCCAUUUUGGAAGAGCAAUUACAACUGGUGUUGGAGGAAAGUGCUGCUGAGGUUCUGGAGAAGGAAGAAGCACCAGGAGAGGAGAUUGUUGUGGAAACAAUAGAGGAACUGCCUCUGAUCGAUGGCGAGGAGCUUCCUCUGAGUGAUGAAGCUUCUUCGGCCGAACUUGCAGAGGAGGAGGUGAAAGAAGAUUUUGUUGAGGAAGAGCUCCCUGUGGAGGAGGAGGCUGAGGAGGUCUUGCAGGAACCUGCACCUGCAGCAGAAGAAGUAACUGAGACAGAGCCUGCAGAGGAUCAGGAGGACAUUCAAACAGAGGAAUUGAAUAUUGAAGCCUCCACUGAGGCUGAGGCACCAGCAGAAGAAGUGGCUGAGACAACUGAUGAAGGCACUGCAGAAGAAGAAGCUCAGGAAGUAGGAGAAACACAGGAGGAUGUCCCAGAAGAAGAGGAAAAGAGUUUAGAGCAGCUAACAGAAGACCAGGCAGAGGAGGAAGCAGCAGCUCAAGCAGAAGAGGAGGUAGAAACAGAAGAGCAACCAGAGGAAACAGCAGAGCAGAUCGCCACGGAGAUAGCAGAGGAGACUGUUGAAUUACCAGAGGAGGACAAUGAAGCAGGAGUGCAGGAGGACUCUCCAGCAGAGGACACAAACACUGUUGAAGAAGCAGAGAUUCCUGAAAAGAGGAGGCUCAAGAAGCAUAGAGGGCAAAUAGUGCACCCAACAGGCAUGGACUUUUGA